GGUUCUCAGUUUUAAAGAUACAUCUCUGUAUUUAUCCCCGCCAUCGAUUCAAUUCCUUUCGUGACUAGCGUUUGUGACAGUCGGCUUAAAUUUAAUAUUAAACAAUUUUUAUUAUAAUAAUAAAACUAUCUUAAAGAUGUUUUUAACACGUUCUGAAUAUGAUCAUGGUGUUAAUACUUUUUCUCCAGAAGGAAGAUUAUUCCAAGUUGAAUAUGCUAUAGAAGCUAUAAAACUUGGUUCCACUGCCAUUGGAAUUGCAACAUCAGAAGGUGUUGUAUUAGUUGUGGAAAAGCGUAUUACUUCCAGUUUAAUGGAACCCACAACUGUAGAAAAAAUUGUAGAAAUUGAUAAACAUAUUGGAUGCGCAGCAUCAGGUUUAAUAGCUGAUUCUAGAACAAUGAUCGAUCGUGCUAGAGUGGAAUGUCAAAACCAUUGGUUUAUCUAUAAUGAAAGAAUGUCUGUAGAAUCAACAGCACAGGCUGUAUCAAAUCUAGCUAUACAAUUUGGAGACAGUGAUGAUGAUGGUAGUGCUAUGUCAAGACCAUUUGGUGUAGCAAUGUUAUUUGCUGGUAUUGAUGAAAAAGGACCUCAAUUAUAUCAUAUGGAUCCUUCUGGUACUUUUGUACAAUUUGAUGCCAAAGCUAUUGGAUCAGGAAAUGAAGGUGCACAACAAAAUCUUCAGGAAGUUUAUCAUAAGUCUAUGACACUUCAAGAAGCAAUAAAAGCAGCUUUGGUUAUAUUGAAACAAGUCAUGGAAGAGAAACUAAGUGAUAAUAAUAUAGAAGUAAUGACAAUGACACCUGAAAAACUGUUUCAUAUGUUCACAAAAGCUGAAUUACAGGAGUUAACUGAGAAUUUGGUAUCUUUGAAAGAAGAUUCAAUAAGGUCUAGAUCCAAUACCUCUGGUCCACUUCCACCUGUCCCAUCUAUAUCUAUGGAUGGAUAAAAAAAAUUAAAGCUCGUAUAUUAUUGUUUUCAAUUUUCCUCUUAUCCUACAAUACCUUUUAUAUUUCCAACGAGCUAAUAGUUAAUAAAAUAUUUUUAUAGAGUUUUAA